UGGUACAAGGGGUAUGCAGUGCGACUCACGACAGGCAAAGCAGAACAUCAUGAAAUCUCUGGUAAUUUUGGCAGUGCUGGGAGUGUGCUCCGCCUCCACCUGGCAGGCCAACUACGGAGGCUACGGCGUGUACGGCGCUCCUUACCAGCCGAAGUGGACCGGACCCGUGGCAGCCACCGUCCCGGCGGGCGUCGACGGUACCAUCACCCCGGUAUCCGAUACCUACGAGGUGAGCGCCGCGCGUAAUGCCUUCUUCAAGGCAUACAACGCCCAACUGGCUGCCGUGGGCGCGUACCGUUACGGUACUCCCGCCUACUACCACGCCACGCCGGCAGUUCACGUCAGCGUAGCAGCGCCCGCCGCCCACCACUCCGCCCUCACCUACGGCGCCGCACCCGCUCCCGUCGGUGACACGCCCGCCGUGGCCGCCGCCAAGGCUGAUUUCUUCCGCCUGUACAACCUGCAGGCGGCAGCAGCAGCCGCGGCUCCAGACCAUGAUGCUCUUCGCUACUAUUACUAGAACAUGCCUUUACAAUUUCUAUACCAUUUGCAAAUAUACAAAAAGUGAAUUUA